GCUCAAACCGCCCGUUGGGUGCAACGUCGUGACGUCACGGUCACAUGAAACGUUUCCCCAGCAGAUAUUUUUUUUGUAUUUAACAUUUCUGUGUUUUUGCAGUGAAAAUUCUCGCUGUUUGAACUGAAACUGCUCUUUUAUCUGCAACAAGUUUAAAAAGCGUCCAACAUGGACGAGGACGGGCUGCCGAUCGUGGGUUCCGGUGUCGAUCUUACCAAGGUCCCUGCUAUUCAACAGAGAAGAGUCGUUGCCUAUCUCAAUCAGUUUGUCGUGCACACAGUCCGGUUCCUUAACCGCUUUUCCACAGUUUGUGAAGAGAAACUUUCCAACAUAUCUCUACGCAUACAGCAGAUUGAAACAACCCUUUGUAUUCUGGAAGCCAAGCUGUCCUCCAUACCUGGGCUGGAGGACGUCACGAUAGAGGGACUCAGUCAGCGGCAACCUGCUCAGGCUAAUGGACCCACUAACGCCAGUCAGAGCCAAACAGAUGGUCCACCAGCAGGGACCUUGCCUCCCACAGAGCCCGCUCAGACUGCACCAGAUUCCGCAGCGACACCAAAAGCAGAAGCAGCUGCAGAGAACGUCAUGACGGUGGCCAAGGACCCACGUUAUGCCCGAUACCUGAAAAUGGUCCAAGUGGGAGUCCCAGUUAUGGCGAUAAAGAACAAAAUGGUCCUGGAGGGUUUGGAUCCCAGCUUGCUUGACACACCGGAUGCCCCUUUACCUGAUGGAGGAACAAGGAGCACGGAGGAUCAGGAUGUUGCAGCCACCAGCUCUGACAGCGAAUCAUCUUUCAGUGACUGACACCUUUCCUCUGUCUCCAUCACCCACAUAGCUUCCUGUAAAGGCCAUUCAUUGCUAUUCUGAGCUCCUGUAGGCCUGUACUGAGAAUGAAGAGUCGGCUGCAGAGUGCCUGUAAAGGAGCACCUGUGAGAGGGUGCAAAUGUAAGUGCCUGAAACAGGAAACUCCAACCAGAUUGUAAUUUCAGUGUAGAAGCACUGAAAUAGUUUUGCAUUCGGUCGGUCAGUGACCUCCACUAUUUUGAUACAUCUUGCAUUUUUGACAAAUUCAAAGAGGGAAUAAUUUUCCUUGUUGAUUGUUUGUCAUCAGAACAUGGCAGUGGCAAUGACUAUUGUACAAGAAGUUAUCAUAUCCUGUAGAAGAUAUCGGUCUUCUUUUUGGUUGUUGCACUACUAUCACAGUUUAAUGCCUUUAAUAGAAACUUGAACAGAAAAAUUAUUUGAAAAAAGAUACUCAACAAAUAAAUUGUAUUUCUGUGUGUUAAGGCCAAGGAGAAAAAUAUCACAAUAAUCUUUCAGUAAUGAUUUAUAUCAUAAUAUGGUGUAAUUUCCGUCCUUCCUUAAAAUCAGCUGUCAUUCUGAAGUAGUUUGAUGAAAUUAUACUAGCAAUAUUUUGAUUUGUCGACCUUUAACAGAACGCUUAAAGGAAUACUUCACCCUCCAAAUGACUGUUUUUAAAUCUGUUACUAAGCAAACUAUAUUAAGCUCUUAAACAACUCAUGCAGUAUAAUUAUAGUCUCAAUUAUUCAACUGUGUGCUCAGUACUUCCUAAAAAGACAACUCUUUCCGAUGGGGAACUGAACUGAAAGCGAAACUUAUCAAUGCUCUCUUCAAAGCCAGACUCCACUGCACAAAAGCAGUAAUUUUACCUUGCUGAACACAGGAGUUGCUGAUCUACUGCUGCCCGGAUUGGUAGAUUAUAAGUGUUAGUGUUUGACUUUGCUGAAUCUGAACUAACCUUUUAAAACAUGAAAGUCGCACAGCAACACAAACAAACUGACUAAUUGAGGCAGCAGUAGACCAGCAGCUCGUGUGUUCAGGGAGAAAAAAAUUACUGUUUUUGUCAAUGGAGUCUGGCUUUGAAGAGAGCAUAGAUAAGUUUAACUUUCCAUUCAGUUGGGUGGUACUGAGCAUACGACUGGAUAAAUUAGACUUCGAUUGUACUGCACAAUUUGCGUCAGAGUUUGGUAACAGAUGUUUUGAUAUAGUUUUUGCUGUUGUUAACAAUGGACCCCAAUGACUUCAAUUCAUCAAGAACUUUCAGGAGUUUUUGGAUUCUUCAUUCAUCGUGGCGACAUGUGAGAAAACAUUGUUUCCUUCAUGAAUUAAGCCUAACACAAGAUUAGUAAGUGAUAUACAAAUAAUCAUUUGGGGAGUGGCGUUUCCCUUUAAUACUGCCUGAUUUUUUUUUUUCUUCAUCUCAAAGCAGCAAAACUGAGAUUCAAUAAGUUGGCAUAUGAACAAUAUCCAAACAGGAGUUCCAAACUGGUGUCUUUACAGAAUGUUAUAAUCAAGUCGCAGUGGAGCGUCAUGCUUUUCCAUUGUUAGACCUUGUUAAUCACGACACAGCGACUUCUGAAAGUAUUCAGACCUCUUUGCUUUUUUUUUUUU